GCUGAGCCGGGGUCACCCGAUGAGGACCCAGAGCGGCAGCAGGACGAGCAGGACGUGGAAGAGGACUACCAUCUGGUUGGCGGCCUGGAGGAGCCGGAGUCCCGGGAAGAGGAGCAGCGGUGCGCAGAGGGGCCCGGCCCCCGGCAGGUCCCAGAGACCACGGAGGAAGCAUGUGACAGUAACACCGACGGGGCCUGCCUGGGCCUCAGCUCCCAGGGGCCGGCAGGCUCAGGGGGCAGUGCCGAAGCCCUGCUGAGUGACCUGCACGCCUUUGCUGGCAGUGCGGCCUGGGACGACAGCGCCGAAGCAGCCGGGGGCCAGGACCUCCACGUCACCGCCCUGUAGGAGCCAGCGUGGUGUCACAUCCCCGUCACCGUGCCCCUGCUUCCCAAGCCACCAUGGCUGCUUGGACACAGCCUGCCCUGGAUCCGCUGUCACCCACACCCCCAGACAGAGACUCUCAGACUAUCACUCCCCAACCCACUCCGUCCCCAGAGCUGCGCAUGCCUGUCCCCACCAGGAAGGCCACCCAUCCCUGUGGGCACGGGGCAGCCACCUGAAAUAAAAGCCCUCCAGCCCUGUG